AUGGCGUUAUACCAGCCGGGUCAAGGACUAAAUCCCGCAGCCAUCGCCCGCCUUCGUGGUCGCAAGGACGUCAACAAAGUCUUCAACGACUUGCCAGCAGAGGACUACUCUAAGCAAUGGGAUAGUCUCUUGGGCCAGGGCGCCAAAAAGAAGUUGCGCUGCUCGCACUGUACUAGGCACGCUUCGGUUGCAAGUGGAAUGGCAGAACUGGAAGCUGGUGUUCGCUUGAAAUAUUAG